AUGGAUUAUAUUCUUGGAGGAGGAUCAAAUUCAAGACCCCAUGUUGUUAUUACUCCAUUUCCUGCUCAAAGCCAUCUGAUCAGCCUCAUGAACUAUGCCGAAGUUCUUCAUUCGAGAGGCUUUCACAUAACAUACGUUAACACCAAGUACAAUCAGAGACACUUGCUCAAUUCAAGAGGUCCUCAAUCCCUUGAUGGCCUCUCAGAUUUUCACUUCGAUACCAUCCCUGAUGGCCUUUCUCCUUGUGAUGCUAAUGCUACCCAACAGAUACCUUCUCUUUGUGAAUCUACAGCAAAGAAUUGCCUCCUUCCUUUUACAAAGCUUCUUGUGAGGCUUCAUGAGUAUGCUUCUAAUAGCCAUGUGCCACCUGUUUCUUGCUUACUUUCUGAUAUUGCCAUGACCUUCAGUGUGAAAGCUGCUCAAAAAUUUGGACAUCCUAUUGCUAUCUAUAGCCCUAUUAGUGCGGCUUCCUUCCUGGGCACAUGGCAUGGUCGUACUCUUCUUGAUAAGGGUGUUUUUCCCUUGAAAGGUAUCCCCUAA